AUGGGUCAGUCGCACAGUGAGCUAGACGACGAGGUGGCCCUCACACAUAUCCAGGAACUUUACCGAAAGUUCGAUAUGUUCGAUAAGAUACGAAUUAAAGGUAAGCAGGACAACACACUAGACUUUAUGGGGUAUGUGGCAGCAGUGCACCUCGUUCUUAGAGGAAAGCUCGAGGACCGACUGAGGUCUUCUUUCAAAUUUUAUGACAGAGAUGGAAACGGACACCUUGACAAAAAGGAGCUAAAACCAGUUGUCAAAAUCAUCUACAAUAUCAAGAGGCAUGGGAACCCAUCUGAAACGGAGAACCUGACCCCUGAUCAAAUCACUGACCGGAUCUUUGACCUGGUGGAUAAGAAUAAAGAUGGCCAGAUUUCCCUGGAGGAAAAUUCCUGGAUGGGGAUGGGAUGGGAGUUCCUGGAUGGGGCUCAGAAGGACCAGUGGGUGCUGGACCAGCUCCAGCUGGACAUAAGGCCCUGUGGGUGGUUCCUAGAAUAGCAGAGGAAUAAUGUGGAGGAAGAACUGCAGAGGAAGAACAACAAGUGACCUUCAAGGGAUUGGAUUCCUGCAACGAUAUUUGUAAGAUAUAUA